AUGGAGUUUGUGCGGGCGCUGUGGCUCGGCCUGGCGCUGGCGCUGGGGCCGGGGCCGGGGCCCGCGGGGGGCCACCCGCAGCCGUGCGGCGUCCUGGAGCGCCUGGGGGGCUCGGUGCGCCUGGGCGCCCUCCUGCCCCGCGCGCCCGCCGCCCGCGCCCGCGUCCGCGCCGCCCUGGCCCGGGCCGCCCUGGCGCCGCGGCUGCCGCACAACCUGAGCCUGGAGCUGGUGGCCGCCGCGCCCCCUGCCCGCGACCCCGCCUCACUGGCCCGCGGCCUGUGCCAGGCGCUGGCGGCGCCGGGCGUGCGGGCCGUGCUCGCAUUCCCGGGGGCGCGGCCCGAGCUGCGGCAGCUGCACUUCCUGGCGGCCGCCGCCGAGACCCCCGUGCUCAGCGUGCUGCGGCGGGAGGCGCGCGCGCCCCUCGGAGACCCGAAUCCGUUCCACCUGCAGCUGGACUGGGCCAGCCCCCUGGAGACGCUGCUCGACGUGCUGGUGUCUGUGCUGCAGGCCCAUGCCUGGGAGGACGUCGGCCUGGUGCUCUGCCGCGUGCGGGACCCUGCUGGGCUGGUGGCCCUCUGGGCCGCCCGGGCCGGCGGGGCCCCAAAGCUCGUGCUGGACCUGGGUCGGCCGGAGCCGGGUGCCGCGGGGCUGCAGGCACGCCUGGCCCCCCUGGGGGCCCCGGCGGGGGGCUCGGCCCCAGUGCCCGUGGCUGCACUCCUUGGCUGUGACGCCGCCCGCGCCCUCCGGGUGCUGCGGGCCGCGCCCCCGGGGCCCCGCUGGCUGCUGGGCACACCACUGUCCCCUGAGGUACUGCCCACGGACGGCCUGCCCCUCGGGCUGCUGGCGCUGGGCGAGGUGGCUCGGCCCCCGCUGGAGGCCGCCAUUCAUGACGCCGUGGAGCUGGUGGCUCGCGCCCUGGGAAGCGCGGCCCGUGCGGAACCGGAGCGCGCCCUCCCCCCCGCCGCGGUCAACUGCCACGACCCACGCCCGGCCGGGUCCCUGUCCUCGGGCCGCUUGCUGGCACGGUUCCUGGCCAACACGUCCUUCCAGGGCCUCACGGGGCCGGUGUGGGUGACCGGCUCCUCCCAGGUGCACGUGUCGCGGCACUUCCGAGUGUGGAGCCUGCGCCAGGACCCGCGGGGCGCCCCGGCCUGGGCCACGGUGGGCAGCUGGCGGGCCGGGCGGCUGGAGUCGGAGCCGGGCGGCGCGGCCGCGCGGCCCCCGCCGGCGCCGGGAGCCGGAGGCCGGCCCAGGCUGCGCGUGGUGACGCUGGUGGAGCACCCGUUCGUGUUCGCCCGCGAGCCGGACGAGGACGGGCAGUGCCCCGCGGGGCGGCUGUGCCUGGCCCCCGGCACCAACGACUCGGCCGCGCUGGACGCGCUGUUCGCCGCCCUGGCCAACGGCUCGGCGCCGCGGGCGCUGCGCAAGUGUUGCUACGGCUACUGCAUCGACCUGCUGGAGCGCCUGGCGGAGGACGCGCCCUUCGACUUCGAGCUGUACAUCGUGGGCGACGGCAAGUACGGCGCCCUGCGGGACGUGCCCCCGGGAGACGGUGACGCGGGCGGCGUUGACACGGACGCAGACCCCCGUGUCCAGGUCACCGCAGACAGACGUGGAAGCUACGAGCGGAGCCAGGGGCUCUGCCGGGGGCAGCAGGCCUGA